ACUGUCCCCUCGUCCUCUCGCGUCCCAUUCACACUACGACCACUUCGAACAGUUGUAAAGUGCAUACGCUUCCAAGUUGCACGCGAACCGCACCUCAAUUGCCGCAUUUCCACUUAGCCAAUCCUAGAAAUGGCCCCGAAGCCCGCAUCUACCGCCGGGAAGGCCCCCGCCUCUACCGCUUCCAAGGCACCCGCAAAGACGACCUCUGAGGGCGGUGCGAAGGGUGCGAAGAAGACCGCCAAGGCGGCGAGCUCUGGCGCAGGCGGCGAGGGCGAGAAGAAGAAGCGCAGGAAGGGCCGCAAGGAGACGUACUCGUCUUACAUCUACAAGGUGCUCAAGCAGGUGCACCCCGACACUGGUAUCUCGAACAAGGCGAUGGCGAUUCUCAACUCAUUCGUCAACGAUAUCUUUGAGCGUAUCGCUACGGAGGCGUCGAAGCUUGCGUCGUAUUCUAAGAAGUCGACAAUCUCGUCACGCGAGAUCCAGACGGCCGUGCGCCUAAUCCUGCCUGGUGAGCUUGCGAAGCACGCCAUUUCGGAAGGCACGAAGUCUGUCACGAAGUUCUCGAGCGCAGGAGCCAAGUAAGCGUCUUUUGUGAUGAUUGGCUCUGGGUGGUGCACGUGUCUCGACGAUGUGGUGUUGUUGUACAACGUCGUACGAUAUCGUGAGGAGAGUACGGUUGGGGGGGAGCUCGACGUUGUUGUAUCCCUGUCUAUGCGGUCCCCGCGUUAGGGCGGCCUUGUAUUGUAUGAUUCCUAGUCUCGUGUUGUCUUUGUCUCUUAUCUCGUAUCUGUUCGCCCUUCUGUUCGUCUAUGGUACCAUUCGAAUGGAUUCACUAUGCGCCAGGCACAUG